GCUGCUCAAACCAGAUUCUGUCAUCGUCCAGUCCAGAAGCAGAAGAAGCUGAGAGGAUGAGUGACGUCCGGUCGAACUCGUCCACCGUGUCCCAGGGGACAGGCCCGUCACCGGGGGGGGGCUCCUGUGGCGAGGAGCCUCCAGCCUUCGUCCUCCCUCCUCGCAACGUCCGGGUUCCCCUGGGAGGAGACGCCCGACUGGAGGGCAAGGUGUAUGGUCAUCCUGAGCCUCAGGUCACAUGGUACAGGGAGGGGAGGGCUGUGAUUGGCGGAGAGCGCUGUGUCCUGGUGAGAGGUGGGCGGGGCACCUUCAGCCUGGUGGUGGGUGGAGUCAGAGAGGAUGACCUGGGACGUUACACCUGUAUGGCGACCAAUCACGCAGGGAGCCGACAAGUUACUGUGGAGAUUCUCCUGGAAGAGGAUUCUGGGAAGAGGAUCAUCCUCCCGUCCUCCAUGAAACCAGGGUGGCGCACUAACACACAGAUGUUGGAGAACAGGACCAGCUUCUGGGCUGAGAGUCCGCCUAAGUUCAUCAGCAAACCGAGCCGGGUCUACGCCAUACUGGGUCAGAUCGGGAGGUUCUCCUCCAAAGUAACCGGACGACCACAGCCCCUGGUCACAUGGUACAAGGAGGGGGCGGGGCUUCCUUUCUGCAGGCGGGUCAGUACAUACGAGCGCUCGGGCCUUCACUUCCUGGAGAUAAAGGAAGUUUGUGCAGAAGAUGCAGGAACUUACACGUGUUCGGUCUCCAACGCUGCUGGAGCAGCGACGGUCAGCGCCGAGCUCCACGUUCAGGGUGCUGACUCCUCCAGCAGGACGGAUCACACAACUGACACCACACAGACCUGCACAGUGGACGGAGCUGCAGCCUCCUCCCACACAGAGCAGCAGCAGCGCCCCCUGCAGGCAGACUCCUGGAGGAGCAGGCCUCCUGUCCCGCUGCUCCUGGAGCCUGAGAGGAGAACUGCAGCGGCUCCAGUCAGUCAUUAUUGUUACGAUGCAUCAACACUAUGAAACUUUCAGUGUUGGACGAAAGACACAAGUGACUCAAACUACAUGAGUUAGAUAAAACUUGUUCUUUAACAUGUAAGAUAUCAUCUGUCAGAUCAACGUUAGAGUUUGAACUGCUCAAGCUCAAAUCACUUACACAGCAGCCUCAUCUUUAACUGAAGGUUAGCUCAGCAGCAUGUGUGUUAGCAUGACGCUCCACGGAGUUCUGUCUUUCUGUGUCUGAA